UCAGUCUGACAUUGACAGGUUGGCGUCAAUGGUCAAGAAGCAUCUGCCGCUGAACCUCAAAUUUUAGCGGCAUUUUCUUGUGGUUUGGGCAUAAACAGACCGGCUUAAAUCAAAUCAACGAAUUUAGAGUAUUCAAAAGUGAACUACAGUUAAUCAACAAAGCUAAUAUGUCUUUAACGUUCGCGCAACGCGGCCAAAGACCGCCACCAACUCAUCAGCAGAUACAAAAGAUGCUUGAUGAAAAUGGCCAUCUCAUACAAACAAUCCAGGAAUAUCAAAGCAAAGGCAAAGCUCAGGAGUCACUGCAAUAUCAACAAGUGCUUCACAGAAAUUUAAUGUACCUAGCCAGUCUUGCAGAUAGUUCUCAAAAUAUGCAUUCUUUGCUACCUUUGCUUCAGCCACCUCAAGGGACACCUCCCCCACAUGGCCAACCUCCUGGCCAACCUGGACAACCUGACCAGCAAAACAUGAACAACUACAAUCAUCAGCAACAACCUGGCUAUAGACCACCAGUUUCUCAAAGACCUGGAGCACCACCCCAAACAUACCAACAGAGACCAUAUCCACAGGGUCAGUAUCCAGGGCAUUACCCUCCUCAGGGUCAAUAUCCUCCACAAGGUCAAUAUCCUCCUCCUAAUCAACAAGCACCUGGAUAUCCUCCUAGUUCACAGGGUUCCUAUGGACCUCCUGCUUCCACAACAGCCCACAACAGUUAUCCCCAACAGGGGUACGGAACUCCCCCACCGUCCGGUGCGCCGCCUGGUCCACCUGGUCCCUAUCCUCCUGCCGCUGGACCCCCGCCGACGCCACCAGCAAAUUAUAAUCAGCCCCCAACAUCAGCCCCUUAUCCGAGCGCAACUCCACCGCAAAAUUACCCUCCGCAGCAACCCUAUCCGCCGCAGCAGGGUUAUCCGCCGCCGCCGGUAAGCCAACCGCAAAACACGUCCGCUUAUUCCACUCAGCCUAGCCCAAAUCCAGCAACAUAUGCUCCAACUAAUGCCCAAAGUCCCCCAUUCUCAGCACCGCCGAGCAAUACUCAGAGUCCAGCUGUAAAAUCUGAAGCACCCAGCAAUCCCCAACCGUACCAACCACCUUAUCCUCCAAACUCUCAACCAUCGAAUCCUGCAUCUGGUUAUACUCCACCGCCCAAUCAAGGGUAUCCACCGCAAGGACCGCCUCCGGGAGCUAACUACGGCUAUCCACCCCAGCAAGGAUAUCCCCCACAGCCACAAUAUGGCGCCCAACCGCAGGGAUAUCAAUAUUCUCGGCCGCCUGGACCUCAAGGCCCACCCCCGCCGCAAGGGCAAUAUGGGGGCUAUAACUAUCCUCCACAACCAAAUCCUUAGAAGCAUUCACUAUUUGAUUCCUAUCUGGUUUGUGUAAGUUACUUAACAUAACUUUAGUUGUAAGUGCUUUUCGUUUUAUAAGUCUAGUUAUAAUUAAUCCAAUUUGCGCAAAUGUAUGCAUUAAUCUGUAUUUUUAUGCAUUGAUCAUUUUAAAAUUUGUAUGUAAUGAUAGAAAAUUAAAUUAAACACAAGAACAAAA